AUGCGGAGUAGAAGAGCCUCUUCACAAGACUUGAAAGCGAUUGGCAGCGAUUUCGAGAUCCAGGCAAUGAUCGAAGAGCCCGACGUCGUUGACGAUGCGCCAUGGGACGCGAUUCGCCUGUCAGCCGCCCUGCUCUGUAUCCUCGGCAUCAACUCAUCCAUUUUCACGCCCGGAUUAUGGGGGUACCUGCAAAGCCUCGACAAGUACGCGGAUGUCGCAUGGCUGGGACGUGCCAUGUCUACGCAGGCGGUCACCUCCAUCCUGGCCGAUCCAUUCUUCGGCUGGUGCCAGCAGCACUACGGCUUCAGGGUACCGCUGAAGGUCACCGUCGCUUUGGUCGCAUUAGGAAAUGUCCUCUACGCCUUGCUGUACGUCGCCGGCGAGUGGCGAUACGUGGUGCUGGUGGCAUCACGAGCUCUGCUUGGAUUUCUGGCUCCAAGCAUCACCCUUUUCCGCGUGUUCGCCACUACAAGUGUCGGCGCAGAUGAGCGACAACGCGCCUGUCUCUACCAGCUGGCCGGCUUCAUCACGGGCCUCGCCCUCGGCCCGUUCAUCCAGGCUGCAUUUGGCUACGUUCCCGCGCUCAUCGUCUCGGGCGUCGUCCUCGACAAGUACAGCUGGCCGCCAGCGGUGAUGGCGUUGAGCAGCUGCUUCAUCCUCGUCGUGGUACAUCGCCACUUUCCGGGAAGACACGUCAAACGGGGACCAAAACCGGAAAAGGCGGAGCGAGAUGAGAUGGACAGUCAGAAUACCGCGCCUCGGCUACGUCGAAGCGACUUGAUCAUCCUCAGCCUGUUGCUUUACCUCUACGCGGCCGUCUCGAUCGCGUCGGCUGCCGAGUACAUGAUUGCUGCCCCACUGACCCGGGCGAUGUACGGGUGGACGGACGCGGAGUUUCUGGUUUACCACUGGCCCAUCCAGACGGGACAAUGUCUUGCCGGGACCGCCGCCAGCCUCAUCGUGGCCGCGACGCCGUUGCGAAAAAUUGACCACCGCCGCCAGCUUGCCUUCGCCCUGUCGAUGCUGAUCAUCGGAAGCUUGUCCCUGUACCCCUGGCCCUUCUACCCUUCCGUCAGCCCCCAAAUUACACAGCAAAUAACGACGUCCGUCACGAAAAAGAUUCCUCUCCCUCUGUACGUGAUGGCGAUGGUGAUCUGCUACGGCCCGUCGCUGGCCAUUGCCAACUCGUUGCUCACCUCAAUCACCACGGAAGUGCUUGGGAAUCGGCAGCAGGGGCUGGUGCACAGCGUGAUGUCGGCAGCAGGCGGUGUCGGCACGGCGCUGUGGCCCCUGUUCGCCAUUCGUUUCUUCCCGGUCGACGGCACGCGCACUAUUUCUCUCUGCAACGCCUCGAUCUACGGGAUUGGGCUGCUGAUGUUCCUGGCGGCUGCCCGUUACCUCGGGCCGCGAGCUGUAGAGGAAGAUGCUGAAGCGGACGACACAGAAAUGGCCGAAAGGCGCGCCCAA